AUGCAUGACGCGUAUGGCAUACAUGGCGCGUGGGCUGCGGCUCCCUCCAGUGAGUGGACUAUGUACGGCGCCCCGCUCCCGGCCCCGCUGGCGUACGCCGCCGCCCCACCACCGGCGCUCUCCGGUCAGUCCAUCGUCAUCCCGUCACCGGCGCCAACUCUGCCCGUUGACCCCUCGCUGUUGCUUGGCGCCGGCUACGACGCCCUCCUUGCGCCGCCGCCCGUCGGCGGUUAUGGUCCACCCAUCCCGGCGCCGCCCUGCGAGGGCCUCCCGCUGCCGCCGGUACCUGUGUUAUGGGACCCCACCCUCCUCGCCGCCCAGCACUACGCGUCGUCGCUGAGUAGCUCUGUCGGUGGAGGCGACUGGUACAUGGACCCAGGUUCCUCCGGCCUCGGCCCCUUUGGUGCCAGCCCCCGCGCACCCUUCGUGGAGCGAUGGGCGGCGGCACCCCCCAGCGGCCCUCCCGGCACGGCGUGCUCUGCCGCCACCUCCCGGCUUCGUGACUCCCUCCCCCGAGGUCGAGUCCAAGCGGGCCCCGGGUCCCCGUCUCCCUCAUACGAGGUUGAGCCCGGCACCCCGCCUGCCACCCCUGCGACGGGCUUGACGUCGACCUCGCCCGUCGCCUCUUCCGCCGUCGGAUCGGCCGACGCUGUUGCCGGCGCGCCCCCCGCCGCCGCCGCCACCGCCACCGCGGGCCCCACCUCCACGGCACCCGUCGCCGCGGCACCCGCCGGCCCUGCUGCCCCGUCACUUGGUGUGACUACCCGUGCCUGA